AUGGAGUCUGAAUCCGAAAAUAUUGUAUCUCACUAUUCAGUGGGGCAUGCCUCAGAUCAAUCUGAUGGCCAUCAGAAAGAACUCUCAGAUUCCACAACACUUCUCUCUGAUGUAGAAUCCAUAUGCCACUGGCUAAGAUGCCUUAUCACAAACAUGGGACUUGAUCCAUUAUCUGGGUAUGUGUUCUCUCCCCUAGCACUAAUUCUCAGGGAAACCUUCCCUCCUCCCACCCCCGCCUCUUUUCAAGAUUUCUCAGACCCUAUCAUGGAGACUAUCUGCCUGGAAUCAUCUCCUAAAUCAGGGUCCAGCAAUCCACCCCACUUCCACAC